UGAAAAAGAGCGCGCAAGAGCAGAAAGUGUGAAGAAAAUAAGCGUUAAAAUUUCAUAAUGAUGGACAAAAAGGAAUAUUUCAUGAAGAACAUUGAAGAUCUAAGUGGUUCGUUUAUUUUAAUGUUAGCGGUUUUUGUAGGAGUUUGCCUGGGAUGGUUUCUCAGAGGACUAAGGUCAAACGGAAACAAUGAUCAAGAGGUAUGCUAUAAAAGACAUAAAAUGGCCUAAACUUUAAUAUAAUUACAAUGCUGAUUAUUUGAGUUAUUCCAAACUCUUAGCGACACUAUGUUUUAUGAUUAUUCUUUUGUAAGUUAACAUAUCCUUUAUUAUUGUACAAAACUUGUUUUAAAAAUUUUUAUUACACCACAGGCAACCCAGGUAUAUUAUUGUUCAGUAACACAAUACUGUAAUAUAAAUACAUUAUUGUCUGGACAAUGAAGUUGGGAUGAAUGCUGUGAUUUUCAUUCUUUUCACCCAUCAUAAUUUUAAGCUGUACCUUGAAUGGAGCAAUGCAGGGGUGUUUUGCAGAACGCAGAAUGCAGAAUGGCAUUGUUCUCAAUAUGCAAAUGAAGCGAGAAAACAAUUUAGCAUUGUUUUUUACCCUUUGAGAACAAUGCCAUUCUGCAUUCUGCAAAAUAUCCCUGCCCGAGAUGCCAUCCUUUGUUGAUUUGCACUUUGGAGGCUUUCUCUUUUCAGUACUUACUCUCCCUGGCCGCCACGCUACCCCCCCCCCCCCCCCCCCAUCUCUACCCCUACCUACUCAGCCCAAAUCAGACUCAUUGUAACAAGAAUUCAAAGAUAUAUUUCAAGGACAUAAGCAAGGUUCAGAUGGAAAAAUGCUGAACUGAAACUCAUUUCUAACAUGCAAAGCAAAAUAAUAGCCUGAGAAAACAGACAUUUCACAACACCACUGGGAAACCACUGGUGGCAUCACAAAAUGUCAUCUGUUUUGUCAGGCUGAGCAAAUAAUAUUAUAAGUUAACUCACCCACAAAGCUCAAAGUGAUUGCAAUUAGACCUAGUGCACAUAAGAUCAUAUAUUUGAAUGCUAUUUUGCGCCUAAUAAAUAAUAAAUUAAUAUAAUUAUCAAUACAAACUUUAGUUUCGUCUAAACUGCCAGCCAUCUCUUUGCCCCAUACCCCAAUAAUUAUUAGUAGCAAGGCAUUCAGGGAGAGGGUGGGCAAAGAGAUGGCUGAUAUCUCAGUCUGUCCAAAAAACAUGCUUUUUACUCUAUUAUCUUCCUGGUUGUUCUAGUCUGUAACCUCAGUGUCAGAUGGAUUUGGAGAAUUUAAAAUGGUUUUAGUUGUAAGGCAAGAUCUUGGAAUGGGCAAAGGAAAAAUAGCUGCACAAGUAGGUAAACUGAAACCAACAGGUUAAACUCCUUAACUUAGCUGAUGGUACAGGAUGUAAUCAAAAUAUUAAUUUCUAUGCCAGAUACAUGUAACAGUGCAUCCUGGACACAACAACAAAAGCUUGGUUCUCAUAAAAUUAUUCAGAUUGCAUUGAACACCCAAGUUGUCUCAAAAUUUGUUAACUUGUCAGAUCAAGAAGAUCAAAUGGAAAUGUUGUAAUUCCAGAUUUUUAUUAUCUUGCUUUAAAAUUUAUUUCCCUUUGUUUUGGGAAUGGGACAACAAGGCUGUGUCCUAAGGAAAGUUGAAAGGAGCCCAGUGCUCUGAACCUGUGAAAUCCAAGUUGCCCAGCAUAUGAUUUCUGUGAAUAAGAUUUUCUAGUCGCCUGGUAGCAAAAUUGGGUGCCUUGGUAAGAUAAUGAGACUGAAGUAACAGAAAAUGAAAUUUAAACUAAGGAUAAAAUUGAAUCAGAACAGAAUUGCCUCUGAUAAUGUGUAAGGUGAUCCAAAUGAUUAGAGUGAUUUCAGGACUUUAUCUUAGAAGAACUGAAAGCUAUACAUAGGCUAGUUUUUAUUUCAUCAUCGGGAUAUCCCUAAAUUCCAAGAAUAAAAAUAACCAACAAUCAACACUUAGUGAUUGUGAGGAAAGAGAUCAUCUUUGUCCAUUAAUCUCCUGUCAUCAUUUAACAACUAAGUUUCCUGUGCUUAUUUCUAUUUUAUAGUGUUGUCAUGCAGCUGUUGGUCUUUGUAAGCAACUUGAAAGAAGUAAUCCAAAGGUAGAGAAAUGUGAAUACAAGAAUACUUUAGUUUAAUAAUCUUUUAUGCAAUCUGGUGUAUAAACUCACCAAGUGACCACUAACAGUUUUGAUUCUGUUUCUUUCUAUUUAAAAGCUUUUACAUCAGUGGGAGUCAACAGCAUGUGCUAAAGUAGUUGUGAAAGCCCCAGAUGAAUCAUCUCUGUAAGUAACAAAAAGUAGAAAAUUAAUGUUCUAGGCCUGUAUGCAUUUUAAGACACACCCAUUGUCAUUUAAUCCGAAUCAGAAAAUGGAGACAAACUUGAGUACAACUUAUUUCCGAAAUACAUUAAUUGCAUAGUCAUGAGAUCAUUGUUCUUUGUUCAUAAGGAUUGAACUUGCCAGGAAAGGUCGAUCUAUAGGCUUGGAGGUCUGCCUCAUAAGAGAUGCAGGAAGGACACAAAUAGCACCUGGAUCAAAGACUGUGCUUGGUGUAGGACCUGGUAAUUUUUCAAUUUCAUUUAAUAAUUAUUACUCCCUCUAACCUGUCAUUAUCUGUUACGGAGCAGGGCUAACUUGAACAUCCAGUCACCAACUUUAAAAAAACUCUAACUAAAGUUGUCUAUUCAUUUUUUUACAUACAGGUCCUGUUGAUAAGGUGGAUCAGGUAACAGGUCAUCUAAAACUCUAUUAACAACCACUGAUAUUGAACCUAAGCCAUGUUUCAUACCCAGCAAAUCUUAAUGCUGAAUUCUCUGUCAAUACAGAGAUUCGGAAUCUCAUUUACAGCAAAUGUCAUCAACAUCAGACACAAUUUAACAAUUUAUCAAAUUGGGAAAUGAGAAGAUAAAAAUUGUCCAAAAAAGUUCUUAAGGAUGAACUGGCAUAAAACUACUUAUUUUUAUGUAAAAAUAAUGACCAGCAAAGAGAAUUAUU